UUGUUUUAAUUGCAGCUUGUUACCUCUAAGCUGAACAGUAUAUAACCUGAAGGAACCAAGGAGUAAUGUGUGAACACAGGACCAUAUCAGAAAGCGAUGCAGUGAAGGAGGUUCUGGACUCAGUUUUGGCAAUAAGAAGGGAGCCCAGCCACUGCUCAGAAGGUCCGCCCACCACCAGGUCAAAAGAAAUGUGUAAAAAGCCUCUGGAAAGAGAAGAAAAGACUCCCAGCCCGGUCUGGCCGGGAAGUUCUAUCUGCUCCGCGAGGAACGGUUCAGCCCCUUCGUCAGGCCGGCCGCGCCCGGGAGCCCGGGGGUCCUGUGCUCGUCCUGGGAGGUGAACGAAGAGCUUCGCAACAGCCUUGCUGGUGUGACGCCAGCCGGCGGCAAAUGAGCCCUCCUUGUCUUCUGGACGUCCGCGCCGGAGGACGGAAAGGAGGCGGACGCCCAAACUGCGGGUGGCUUCAGGAAGCCUUGCCCUUAUCCCCUUCGAGCCGUGCAAGAAGGGGCACUGUGCACAUGCCCCUGCUCCUUCGCCUGCCGUCGACGCCGUCGGGGCUGAGCGCCAGCAAAACAACGAGAAGUUGUCUCCCGAAAGGCGGCCGAGGGACCUGCAGCCAAACGUAGACCGUCGGGGCUGUCCUUCGCGUGGGUGGGCAGCGCCCUCCCCGCUGGAGGCGGGGAGAAGUGAGCCAAGCGUCUCGGGCUCCGGCAAGGCCGGCUUGGACGAAGUCCGGACGCCUCGGUUCGGCACUGUUGCUGCCGCCGCCCGCCGCCCAACCCUGCCCGGAAGAAUAGCAGCAGCUGGACAUGCCCGCACGCCUCCCCGGACUGGAGCGUUGCCCCGCGAACCUCGCAGUCCACCCGCUCCGACCUCCGCCCCUUUGGCCUCACGAGGAUGCCCCGGGCGCACGGGACGCGAGUGCCGCUCCUGCUCCUCCCGGGCGCUCUCCUCGGAUUCGUGGCAGGGAGAGAAGUCAAAUCGGCCCUGCAGAGCCUCCCCCAGCCAAUGUCUCCUUCCGAUUUCCUGGACAAGCUGAUGGGCCGGACGUCAGGCUACGAUGCUCGCAUUAGGCCCAACUUCAAAGGCCCACCCGUCAAUGUGACAUGCAACAUCUUCAUCAACAGCUUUGGUUCAGUCACAGAAACGACCAUGGAUUAUCGUGUCAAUGUCUUUCUGCGGCAGCACUGGAAUGACCCUCGCCUGACUUAUUGGGAAUACCCCGAUGACUCUCUAGAUUUGGACCCCUCCAUGCUGGACUCCAUCUGGAAGCCAGAUCUGUUCUUUGCCAAUGAAAAGGGAGCCAGCUUCCAUGGAGUCACUACAGACAACAAGCUUCUACGCAUUUUCAAAAAUGGGGGUGUGCUAUAUAGCAUUAGGCUGACUCUUAUCCUCUCCUGCCCUAUGGAUCUCAAGAACUUCCCUAUGGACAGUCAGACAUGCACCAUGCAGCUGGAGAGCUUCGGUUACACCAUGAAUGACCUGACCUUCGAAUGGGAGACGGAGCAGGAGGCCGUGCAGGUGGCUGAAGGCCUGACACUCCCUCAGUUUAUCCUGCGGGAUGAGAAAGAUCUGGGCUAUUGCACCAAGUCCUACAACACAGGGCAGUUCACCUGCAUCGAAGUGAAGUUCCACCUGGAGAGGCAGAUGGGCUACUAUCUGAUCCAGAUGUACAUCCCCAGCCUGCUGAUUGUCAUCCUUUCUUGGGUCUCCUUUUGGAUCAACAUGGAUGCGGCACCAGCUCGAGUGGGGCUCGGCAUUACCACUGUGCUGACAAUGACCACCCAGAGUGCAGGGUCUCGGGCAUCCUUGCCUAAGGUCUCCUACGUCAAAGCCAUUGAUAUAUGGAUGGCCGUUUGCCUGCUCUUCGUCUUUGCCGCCCUGCUGGAGUAUGCAGCGGUCAACUUUGUCUCCUGCCAGCAUAAGGAGCUCCUGCAUCUGCGGAGGAGCCAACGGCGGCAGAGGAUGGAAGAAGAGGUGGUCCGUGAGAGCCGCUUCUACUUCCAGGACUACGGACUUGGCCAUUGUCUGCAGCAUAUGAAAAGUGGGGCAGCCAUGGACAGCCCUAUCUACGGUCCACCCCCUCUGGCCCCCCUCCUGCGAGAAGGAGAAAUGCUCCGGAGGCGCUAUGUGGAUCGGGCCAAGCGGAUCGACACCGUUUCCCGAGCCGUCUUCCCCUUCACUUUCCUGGUGUUCAACAUUUUCUACUGGGUGGUCUAUAAAGUGCUCCACCAAGCAGCCCCUUGAGCUGUGGCCAGGACCUGCCACCCAGGGCAUCAAGAACUGCCGGUGGCUUCCUUCCAAGCUUCUGCACUCAAAAACACGGAAACAUUGACUCCUUUCCCAAAUGCCAUGCUGAGAAAUUUGGCACACUUUGCAUGAUGGUAAAAUGUGCAAAAGGAAGGUACGGUUAUUGUGCCACUGCUGACCAUGAUAGAGCUUCGGGUGGUCAUAUUUCAUAAGGAGGACCAUGGUGGGGUCCCCUUUCUUUCCUAGAUUUGUGCUGCUCCCCCUGAAAUCCAGGAAGCCUUGGGAGAACUAAAGAACUGACAGAUAGCAGAGAAGCUCUAGGUCACUCAGUCCACCCUCCCUGCCCGGUGCAGGCAUCUGCUGAGCUUUCUCUUAUGGCUGUUCAGCUCCUAUUUGGAAACCCCCCAGCAAGAGGAACGCAUCCAUGCAAGAUUUUCACAUUACUCUGCAAUGAUUCCCAAGAGGAAAUCCCUCCUGAGACUCAGCCUACAUCUCCACAGUGUCAAGGGAGAAGACAAGCAAUUUUGUGGUCUGCUCAAGCCAAAUAGAGUCAGCUGCUCUGUUUCUGGGAGGGCUUCAGCUCCAGGCCCUGCUUGCCCCGGGAGUUGCCCUCUGAACCCCUAUCUACCAUUUUAAAGUUUCCAAAGCAGCAUAGUGUGCAAUGGAACAAUGGGCUCUUCUGGCCUGGAGGCUGCUGCUCUUAAUGCAGCCCAAGAUUACAUCAACUUUUGAGCAGCUGCACCACAGGCUUUGCCCGUGUUCAGCCUGCAGUCCAUGUAUCCUCCUCACAUGCCAAUCCAGUCCUGCACCCAGAGCUAUGACAAUUUUCAGGAACGGGGCUUCAGGCAGCACAUUUGCAGAUCUUCAGUUUGGAUCAGCCCAGCAUUCAGCCUGUCACAGUCAUGUUGAAUUGCACCGUGGUCCUUCAAGGUGUUAUUCAACACCCUUACCUUGCUAUCAUCUGUGACUGUGACCACCAUCCCCCCCCCAGGCCAUCCUCUGGGCCCCUUAAAGAGAUCGUGAAUGGUCUGGGCCAAGGAUGAGCGCCCCUUUUCUCUUGGACAAUGCAAAGCCAUUAAUCCACUGACCAAGGUUGCUCAAUCAGUUGCAAGCUUCAGACUAGCCCACACCUCUACCUCUGACCAGGACAGAUCCACAAACCCAGCCCAUUUUGCCAGCCCUUUUUAUGGGUACAGCCAUCGCCUCACCCAUAAACCCUCCCAAGCCCGCUAGGAGGGAAGAGCUCGUGCAGGCAGCAGGAGAGCGCCAAGGACUUGGGCCAGCCGUCUAUCUUCCCUCUUCUGGAAGUGUGCCGUCAGCUUUCUCCCCUCUCAGGCCCCUGGGAGAGCCCCUUGGCAGCAGCCUGGCACACUGAUUUAUUAUUGCAUCAGUCAAAUGACUCUUGGCAGAUAAAGAUUUGAAACAUUUAAGGCAGGUAAAUAACAGAAUACAACUCAGAGAUGAAACAGCUCAGGAAUAAAAACAGAAUCUGGCUAGAUAGAAUAUCCUCGGAAACAGUUCAGCUUUCAGCAUUUUUCUGAAACAGCUCAGGGAAGGGGCAACACGUCCUGGACUCAGCCCUCUUUACCUCCCAGAAGGGCUCAGGACAAGCACCAAGAGCAGCUUCUCCCUGCAUGGCUGAGCUAAGUGCAUUGGGGAGAGGCAGUCACCAGGCUGUUCCAGUGCCAGGAAAUCCAGGGCUGCGUGGGCUCAAGGGAGACAUGCACAAGUCUGAGAGACGUGGCUGAACCACAGGCUUAUAUGUUGAGUAGGGAACCAUGUCACAAACCCCGUUCAGUCUUUACUGAUCAAAUUUAUGGAUGGAAAAUGUUUGUCUGGCCAAUCACUCUGGGCCGUUCACAGUUGCUGCUUACUGAAUUUGGAGCCUCUCCAGUUCCAGUAGAAGCAGAGUUAUGUGCUGAGUGGAGCAGUUAUUUUAAAAGUGCCCUUUUCCUAUUAGUUCAUCCCUUGCGGCCACUAUGGGCUCACUCAGGAGUCUGCUCUCUUCAGCAAAGGGUCCCUUCUUGCCCUGGAGCCCCUUGAGUUCCUCUCUUUCUUAACCUGGCUGCUCCCUGGCAUGCUGUGGUUCAGCUGCAAAUGGCCCUACAGCGCAGCAGUUUGAUGGGCUGCAAAGAGAGAGCAGGAGUGGAACACACACACACACACACACACACACACACACACACACACACACACACACGCGAAGCUCAAACUUUAAGAUCCAGUCCUGGGCCUGAGGCAGCCUCCACCAAACAGGAUGAAGCUCAUUGGCGAAUCUUAAAGAAGCUGCCAAAAUGGAGAUUAAGGUCAGGAAGGAAGGAAGGAAGGAACAGCCCUUUUGAAAGACCAAACAGAGAAGAUGAGGGGGUGGGGGUGGCCACUGGUUGCACUGGGGCUGAAACAGAUGCCACAGAAGCAGCCCAGGCCAGCAGCCUCGUAGUCAACUCCUGGGGCCCUGAAGUUCAAUAGGGCUGGGGCUGGGGCGGGCAGCCAGCCUGAACGCUGCCUGGUGGCCCCUAACUUUCCCAUCUCCCCACCUCACUGCAAUGCCUCUACCCCAGCUGCAUCACUUUUUUCUUCCCUGCUACUUCCCAGUUUGCUGAUCGGACAUGUACCUUCCCACUUGUGAGUGUGGUUUUUCCUGGAGUGGAAUAUCCAGCAGCCGAGAGCAGCUUCCUGUCUAUUGUCCUGAGAAGACUGUAGCUUGUCUCCUGCAGGAUUUUCCAAGUAGAAAUGACUCCAUAUCUUCAGGGACCAAAUGGGGUUUUGCAAACAAUGCAAUUCUAAGCCGCUCUGCUUUUCCUAUAGAAAUAAAGUGCUGCAAGGAUUUUA